CACUUGGCCCGGCUCGGCUCUCGGCGCCUUCCCGUCCGCCCCGUCCUCUCCUUGCGGAGCAGCAAUGUUGGCCGCCAGGGCCGCGAGCUGGAGGCUGCCUCGCCUGUCUUCGGCGCUCCUUUCGCCGAGGGGCGCUCUGGCCGCCCCCGCAGCUGCCGCGUUUCAUGGCUCGGCGCAGCGCCUUCGCGGGGCCAAAGUCGCGGUGGUUCUUUCUGGAUGUGGUGUUUAUGAUGGCACUGAAAUCCAUGAAGCCUCUGCCAUAUUGGUCCAUUUGAGUCGUGGUGGAGCCAGUGUUCAAAUGUAUGCUCCAAAUAUUUCUCAGAUGCAUGUUAUUGACCACAGCAAAGGGGAACCAAUUGAGAGGGAAACAAGAAAUGUCUUGGUAGAAUCAGCAAGGAUUGCUCGUGGUAAAGUUGUGGACUUAGCUAAACUUACUGCAAAGGAUCAUGAUGCUGUCAUAUUUCCUGGAGGCUUUGGAGCGGCUAAAAACCUGUCCACAUUUGCUGUGGAUGGGAAAGACUGUAAAGUGGACAAAGAAGUUGAACGUGUACUAAAGGAAUUCCAUAAAUCUGGGAAGCCUAUUGGUCUAUGCUGCAUUUCCCCAGUCCUGGCUGCAAAAGUCCUUCCUGGCACUGAAGUCACUGUAGGACAUGAAGAAGAACAAGGUGGUAAAUGGCCUUAUGCUGGAACUGCUGGGGCCAUUAAAGCACUGGGAGGAAAACACCUCAUCAGAGAAGUGACAGAAGCUCAUGUGGACACAAACCACAAGGUGGUAACUACCCCAGCCUUUAUGUGUGAAACUGAACUGCAUCAUAUCUUUGAUGGUAUUGGGGCUAUGGUGCAAAAUGUGUUGAAGCUGGCAGGAAAAUGAAGGCGAUGGUCAUCACAAUAGUAACACAAGCUUUUAGGAAGGUUACGGCCCUGAUAAUGUUGACUUGGUAAGGGACUUAGGAUUGUACUGGACUGACUUGUACAAUUUCCAACACUGGAGCCCCUUAAAUCUGCUCAAUCAUGAUUCGUUAUAUCAAUGGCACUUCUUGAAAUAUGCUACAGAUGACAAAUUGUGUAGUAUUCUGGGGAUAAUUGCUGCAUAAAUUCUAUUCAAUAAACAUUGAAUUAAGCAAGGAAAA